AUGGCCCGAGGGGAAGCUGAAGCAGGACGAGGAGGAAAGGCAGAGGGCGAUGUCGCGCGGCUGCAGUAUCGCAUGCCGUGGAUGAUCUUCACGCCGACGUUUAUUCUCUUUUUUCUUCUCAACUACUUGGCCUGGUUCACCACCGUCAACGAGGACGGCACCGACCUCGUCAUGUCGCCCUACGUCGCCGCCGUACAGGCGGAGAGGGCGCAGAACCUGUGGGUUCAGGACUACCCGUUCGAUAUGCGGCUUUUCCUCGAGGACACCGUGCUGCGCGGCCUCUUCGGCGUGGGCCAACGCCUUGGCGGAAUGGAUGGGAUCCGCGUCAUUUGGUGCCUCGCGUGGCUGGCGCACUGCCUCGAGUUGGGCAUUGCCUUUCGGAUUUGCCUGGCGUGCAGGGCGACGCCGGCGGUGUUUGCCGCCUACUGCCUGCUCACUGUGCUUGGCGGCGUCACCCAGCUGGUGCCGCUGAUCGAGGCCCGUGACAAGUACCUCUCGCUGCAGCCACCCGCGCCGGCCGCGAAGAAGAAGAGGAGCUAG